AAGCGUCGACGCCCAUACAGAUCUGCAUUAUUCAGACUAGCAAUACUCGGCGAGAGUGGGAAGUUCGUCAUAGUGCAGUACGUAAAUUUUGUGAGACAAUUCAGUAAGUAUUCGAUGAAUGUCACAAAAUCGUAGUUUCCGAAGCGUUUUAAAGGGCGACUGUUGUGCAUUUGAACAGCCUCUAUCUGGUGGAUUUGUUGGGUUUCAAACUGUCGCUGCCAUAUCUUCUUAUCCUCCUGUGUAUGACUAUGAACAUGAAAGAAUACAAAGUCGUCGUUUUGGGUUCAGGUGGUGUUGGAAAAAGUGCACUUACAGUGAAGUUUGUUACGGGACAAUUUGUUGAAAAAUAUGACCCAACUAUUGAAGAUUUCUAUCGAAAGGAGAUCGACGUUGACCACAAUCCCUCCAUCUUGGAAAUUUUAGACACUGCUGGCACUGAACAGUUCGCUUCAAUGAGAGAUUUGUACAUCAAAAAUGGUCAAGGAUUCCUUCUAAUAUAUUCUCUUUUAAACCGGCAAACGUUCACUGAUUUAAAGCCGAUGAGGGAUCAGAUACUGCGUGUGAAAAAUGCAGACAGUGUGCCACUGAUACUUGUUGGAAAUAAAAGUGACAUGUUUGAUGAACGAGAAGUAUCUGCAAACGAAGCGAAGCUUUUAGCGGAAGAAUGGGGCUGUCCACACUUCGAAACCUCUGCGAAGAGCAAUACCAAUGUUGACGAAGUAUUCACUGAGAUUGUUAGACGAAUGAAAACCACACAGAAAAGUUCUUCGAGUAAACGAGGUUGUUGUGUUGUUCUCUAACGGUGAUGGACAUGUCGUCCAAGUGGCGGGAUCAAGUUUGGUUAAGACGGCAUAUUCGUCUUUGUCGUGGCAAAUGUGUGUGGAGAUAAGGAGUGAACCGUAUAAUUUGCUGAUACAGGAAAAUAAGAAGAGGAAGCCAUAAUGUAAGCAUUUUAGAAGUUAGAGUGUCAAAUUCUUUUCUCAUAUAUUUUUUAAGUAGAUGACAUUGAAAAGAAUAGUUUCCAUACAUGGUUAUGAAUUUUGUCAAUACGAAUUAGUAGUUGUUUCCGCGAUUUUUGUAUGCAGGUAGAAUGUUUUAUCAAAGCCAAUUUGGUUCAUGUGAACCUGAACCGAGAGAACUAGGUUUAACAUCAAAUCGAGUCCAUUAAUUUGGUAGUGUAUGAGAGCUUUUUUACAGUGACAAAAAAUCCCAUCAUCUACAUAUAACAUUGCUGUAAUGUAUGAAGUUUUGAAAUAAAUUACACUAGGGAGGUUUU